GAGUUUAGAAUCGGCACAACAGUGCUGGCCCCAGUUGUCGUGGCCUCUACAAGUUUGAUAGUUGACAUCUCGUAAAAUUUGAAGUUUUUCAGAAUGGGUCUUACCAUUUCUAGCGUUUUAACCAGGCUUUUCGGGAAAAAACAGAUGAGAAUUUUAAUGGUUGGAUUGGAUGCGGCUGGUAAAACUACUAUCCUGUAUAAACUAAAACUUGGCGAAGUCGUGACAACUAUUCCUACGAUAGGAUUCAAUGUGGAAACAGUGGAGUAUAAGAAUAUUUGCUUUACCGUCUGGGAUGUAGGCGGUCAGGAUAAAAUUCGACCUUUGUGGCGUCAUUAUUUUCAAAACACACAAGGAUUAAUUUUUGUGGUUGAUUCCAAUGAUCGCGAACGAAUCUUAGAAGCGGAGAAAGAACUGCAAAGUAUGUUGCAGGAAGAUGAGUUGCGGGAUGCUGUUUUGCUGGUAUUUGCUAACAAACAAGACUUACCAAAUGCGAUGACAGCUGCUGAAUUGACAGAUAAAUUACACCUCAAUCAACUAAAAAACAGACAGUGGUAUAUACAGGCAACAUGCGCCACCCAAGGACACGGUUUAUACGAGGGAUUAGACUGGCUUUCCAACGAACUUGCUAAAAAAUGAUGAACUUCCGAACAACACAGGCUGACCGUUCUAUUUUAUCGCAAAACGGUAUUAGUUGUUUAACUUUUUUCACAGCUGAACAUGCAGAACAGAUUUUCAUGUAUUGCCUAAACCGAAUUAGGGGAAAUAUCAUAAAUAAUACCAUUUAUGCUUAUGUUGAAUAUUUGUCCGAUUGAGUUGCAAUUUAAUUAAAAUAUAUCCUUUUAAUUAUUGGAAUCGAUAAAAAUAAACAUUUUUGUCAUUUCCAAAUUUAACAGUAGAUAUCAACGUUGUAAUAAAAUUAAUGAUAUGUAAAUGAUGAAAGUAGGCAAUUCAAUACCACAACAUAUUGUUUGUAAAUUUUAAGAUUGUAUUUUACUUUAAACACAAAUUUUAACUUUUAUUUAUCAUCCGAAUAUCAUGUGAGAAAUCUAUAACAAUGUUUUUACCAAAAAUAAAUGUUAGAUCACCCAACAAAUACUUCAGAAUACAAAACAAAACUUCCUGAUUCACCUAGUAGUGUGAUAUAGGCCCUUA